AUGCUGCUUCGCACCGCCUUGCUAGUCGUGGCCGCCUCGGCUCAGCAGCAGGCUUAUGUCGAUCCGCACGGGGCGGCGGGCGAGCCGCUCGCGGGCGACCUCAACGGGGAUGGCGUGCUGGACGAGUAUGAGCUGCGGCAGAUUGAGCAGGCGACCAAGUCGUUGACGGAGAGCUUCCGCGCGCAGGUUCGGCAGCAGCUCGCCUCGCAGUACGUGGCGCAGAAGACCGGUGGCUCCAAGCUGGCGGAUAGCCGCAUCGCCUCGCAGGCCGCCGGCCUGCAAUUCGCCGCCGCAAACAACCAGCUGGAGGUUGUCGCACGGCUGCUCGCGAGCGGCGCCGACAGAACGCCGACCCGCGCCGCUCCGCAGCCCGCCGUGAGCCUUGCACGAGCUCUGCUGUUAGGCGCCGACCCGAACGCCAACCACCCGCGGCGCGGUGCUGUCGCUUCAGGCGCCGAGGCGGACCCGCAGGACGAGUCGUCAACGCGGCCGCUGCUCUGGGCGCAUGCGGCGGGCCACGACGAGGUUGCGAGGCUGCUCCUCGAGGCGGGGGCGGCCGAGGUGCAGCCCGAGGAGGAGGAGAACCCGCGCCUGCGAGGGCCAAAGGUCAAGGUUGGCGUGCAGUCCACCUCCUUCAUGGUCGAGGGGUGA